CCCGCGCUGUCGCAAUUUGAACGAGGCAGGUCCUGCCUUGGCAGAGAAGCCAUAGUCGGCCAGCGCUGCUGGGGCAUCCUGCCUCCGCUGCCGCUGCGCCCGCCGAGAUGGUUGGGUUCCUGCUCCUGCUCCUCCUAAUCCCCUUCCUUCUGUAUGUGGCUGCGCCCCAAAUCAGGAAAAUGGUGUCCAGUGGGGUGUGUACAUCAGCUGUCCAGCUUCCUGGGAAGGUAGCUGUGGUCACUGGAGCUAACACUGGCAUUGGGAAGGAGACAGCCAAAGAGCUGGCUCAAAGAGGAGCCCGUGUAUAUUUAGCUUGCCGGGAUGUGCAAAAGGGGGAAUUGGUGGCCAGAGAGAUCCAGACCAUGACAGGGAACGAGCAGGUGUUGGUGCGAAAACUGGACCUGUCUGAUACUAAGUCUAUUCGAGCCUUUGCCCAGGACUUCUUAGCAGAGGAAAAGCACCUCCACAUUUUGAUCAACAAUGCAGGAGUGAUGAUGUGCCCCUAUUCUAAGACAGCAGAUGGCUUUGAAAUGCACAUGGGAGUCAACCACUUGGGUCACUUCCUCCUGACCCAUCUGCUGCUACAGAAACUAAAGGAAUCAGCCCCAUCAAGAAUAGUAAAUCUGUCUUCCUUAGCACAUCACCUGGGAAGGAUCCACUUUCAUAACCUGCAGGGUGAGAAAUUCUACAAUGCAGGUCUGGCCUACUGUCACAGCAAGCUAGCCAACAUUCUCUUCACCAAGGAACUGGCCCGGAGGCUAAAAGGCUCUGGCGUUACGGCGUAUUCUGUACACCCCGGCACGGUGCAAUCUGAAUUGGUUCGGCACUCAUCUUUCAUGAGAUGGAUAUGGCGGCUCUUCUCCUUCUUCAUCAAGACUCCUCAGCAGGGAGCACAGACCAGCCUGUACUGUGCCUUAACGGAAGGUCUUGAGAUUCUAAGUGGGAAACAUUUCAGUGACUGCCAUGUGGCAUUGGUCUCUGCCCAGGCUCGUAAUGAGACUAUAGCAAGGCGGCUGUGGGAUGUCAGUUGUGACCUACUGGGCCUUCCAAUGGAUUGACAGGCAGUGGCAGUUGGGCCCAAAAGAAGACAGCAGAAGACUAUACAUUAUUUCCUGCCAAAAUGAUUCUCCUUCAAGGUGGCCAAAAUCUUAACCAGAAAAAAAACAAAAGCUUCCAGUCUUGCCUGCUUGGUGUACAGUUAAAACCCCAGUUAUACUGCCAGAUUCAUCUAAACACCUUUCAUUUGUCCAGAUUUACUUUGCUCUUGUUACUGCCAGAGUUAUUAGAGAUACCAUCAUA